AUGUCUGUCUCUGAUGUUGAAAACCCAUACCCUCUUAUUUCCCUUCCAACCGUUCCUUUUCUUGCCCUCUCCGAUGACGUAGCGGCGUACUUGCCCAUCGACAUGGCUCUCGUUCACAACGUGUUCAUUCGUGCCAUGAACUCAAUCUGGAGGAAUGCACCCCUUGUGAAGCCUGCGGACGAAGUUGCAUUCGCCGGAUACUCCCUCUGUUGCGUGUCCGCCCUCCAUGCUCAUCACCAUGGCGAAGAAACGUUUCUUUUCCCGUUCUUUCAGACAAAGCUCGAUAUGAGUGAAAACCUGGAGCAGCACGAGUCUUUCCAUGCUGGCAUGGAUACCUUUGAGCAGUACAUGAACCACGUCUUCAAUAAGAAGGACAACUAUGAUGGGGAGAAAACUCGAGUGUUGCUCAAAGCUUUCGCUGAUCCACUUGUGCAACAUCUGCACGAAGAGAUUCCGACCAUAUCUGAAGAGCGUUUAAAAUUACUGGAUAAGGAUGGUCUGCAGAAGGUGAUGGAUGAAUUUGAAGAACAUAUCAAAAAUCUUCCAGGGAAGUUGACGGUGUUUCCCUUCGUUAUGACACAUCACAACUUCGAGGAGGCACCAAAUUGGCCUGCUAUUCCUGCCCCCAUCAAAUGGUUUGCUCGUAAUAUUGCUCCCUUCAGACAUUACAGUUACUGGAGAUUUUCUCCCUAUACCCGUGCUGGCCUUCCUCAAAAGUAUGGUGCUUGA